UACUUCUAAGGUCAUGUGACCGCUCUAUUGUAAAACCUCAUGAGAAAACAGUUCACAUCAAGAGCAACGCCACACAGCAGCCGGGAGACACUACCUCUGAAAAUGGGACUAAGGGACGAACUCCUCAAGGCAAUAUGGCAUGCAUUCACAGCCCUGGAUGUGGAUAAAAGUGGGAAAGUGUCUAAGUCGCAGUUGAAGGUGCUUUCCCAUAACCUCUGCACAGUGAUGAAGAUCCCUCAUGAUCCUGUAGCUCUGGAGGAACACUUUAGAGAUGAUGAUGAGGGUCCUGUUUCCAAUCAGGGAUACAUGCCUUACCUGAACAGGUUCAUUCUGGACAAGGUCCAGGACAACUUUGACCGAAUAGAUUUUAAUAGGAUGUGCUGGACUCUGUGUGCCAGAAAAAAUCUAAACAGAAACCACCUUCUUAUCUCAGAUGAUGAUGCAUUUAAGAUAUGGUGCAUUUUCAACUUCCUGUCUGAGGAUAAAUAUCCAUUGGUCAUGGUCUCAGAGGAGAUAGAGUACUUCCUUCGUAAGCUAACGGAAGCCAUGGGUGGCAGCUGGAUCGAAGAAAAAUUUGAAGAGUACAAGAUCCAGCUGAGCAGCAAGCACCAGUGUCUGAUUGUGUGGGAGCUGAUCGAGCUGGUGGGUAUGGGUCACUUCAGUAAGGGCAUGGACCGCCAGACCCUCUCCAUGGGCAUUAAUGAAGUGUUCCAGGAACUUAUUCUGGAUGUGCUCAAACAGGGUUACAUGAUGAAAAAGGGCCACAAAAGGAAGAACUGGACCGAGCGGUGGUUCCUGUUGAAGCCCAGCGUAAUUUCAUAUUAUGCCAGUGAAGAUCUUACAGAGAAGAAAGGAGACAUACUACUAGAUGGAAACUGUUGUGUUGAGUCCUUACCCGAUAAGGAGGGCAAAAAGUGCCUUUUCUACGUUAAGUGCUCUGACAAAAGCUUUGAAAUCAGUGCCUCCGAUAAGAAGAAAAAACAAGAGUGGAUUCAAGCUAUUCAGACUUGUAUCACACUCCUGAAGGUCGGACGUCCGGCUCCACACCACGAGGCACGGCAGAAACGGCGAGAGUUACGGCAGAAACAACAGGCUGAGCAGGAAGAACUGGAGCUGAGGAUGAGAGAGCUGCAGACGGCCAAUGAGAACAAACAGAGAGAGCUGGAGGCCAUGAGGGAGAAACUGGAGGAGGCCGCAGCCAAUGCAGCAGAAGAGGAACACAGACGUCUGCAGACCCAGAACGAGCUGCAGGACCUCUACAGGGUGGAAAUGGAGAAAGAGAAAAUGGUGCGGCAGCAAAUGGAGGAACAGGUGGCUCAAAAGUCCAGUGAGUUAGAGCAGUAUCUGCAGCGCGUACGUGAGCUGGAGAGCAUGUACCACCGCUUAGAAGAAGCACUAGAGGAAGAAAGACAGGCCAGACAGGAUGAGGAAACGGUCAGAAAACUACAGGCCAGGCUGUUGGAGGAGGAGGUAUCCAAGCGUGCAGAGCUUGAGCAGAUACACCUGUAUCAACAGCAGACCAUUACUCAGACACAAGCAGAGAAGCAGGAGCUGGAACGCGAACGGCUGGCAAAGGAAAGCGCUCUGGAUUCUGCCAUGCAGCAGCUGCAGCAGCUCGAAGCGGAGAGACAAGGGGCACUGGAGCAAUAUGAGGAGGUGAUGAAGAAACUAGCAGAUGCUGCUAAUAAUACAAGGAGCUGGAAAGACAAGGUGACACAGCAUGAGGGACUCAUACGACUCAUUCAGCCAGGUCCUAAGCACCCUCAGAAAAUCACAAACUGGGGACCUGCAGCAUUCACAGAGACAGAGCUGAGUCUGAGAGAGAAGGACUGGCAGGAUAAGAAAAACAGGCCUGCUACACCGCAGUAGUGCCCUUAAAGUGUUCCUAGUUAUACUGUGCUGUUAAUACACCGUUACUGUAGAUAAAGUCACUAGUGAAGUAUGUAUACUGCCUCUGUGGGGUUAGUCUCUGACCACACUAAAACUGUAGGCCAUUUGACUUUACAUAAGGUAAAGUUUAGCCUGGCCUCAUCUGAAGAAUCGUGUCUCACCAUUCCAAUCUAUACUGUAACAUUCCAGUGUCAUUUUGCCCUCUGCUUUGAAGUGAUUUUAUACAUUUUUGUAUGAUGUUCUAUAUCUUGUGAAUGUGUUGAUUUUGGUGCAUUUCCACCAAAGUACUGGCAGAUGUUUCUUCCCCGUAGUUGGUGAGUUUUAAACCUUUUUUUUUUAUUUUUAUAAAAGUAAAAAAAAUAAUGAAGUAAAAAAAACCUCACUGACCAAGUAACUUUUUACAAAGUGCACUUAUGCAUACAUUGCAGUCAUCUCUAAUUUAGUAUCAAAAAUGUCUAUUUUACAUUUUAAAUAGUAAUACAUCAUGCAAAAUGGAUUUUGAUAUUGUAUUCAUAAUACUUUUGCUAGCACAGUUAACAUAGCAGUUGUUCCCAUACUCAUUCAAGGAGACAUGAUUGCAGUAUUAACUAAUUAUUAACAAAACAUUUUACCACAAUUUAUCUGUGUUUUUGGGAUUAUUCAGUCAAUUACAAUGCCAUACCAAACUGCUGUAUUUGCCUCAAACUAACGCCCAGAUUUAAGUGCCAAGACUGUAUUGUUUAUCAUUCAAUAAAAAGGCAUUAUUUAAUAGA